UAUUUAUGUAACUUUUGCUCUCUCUAGGACAUUAUGUCAUUUAACCAAGACAAAACGUGCUGUCCCGUGCCGUUCCCCAUCAUAGCAGAUGGCAAGAGGGAGUUAUCGGUCUUACUGGGGAUGCUGGACCCUGAUGAGAGGGAUAAAGACGGGAUGCCCCUCACAGCCCGCUGUGUGUACGUCGUUGGCCCUGACAAGAGGCUGAAGCUGUCCAUUCUCUAUCCAGCCACUACAGGGCGCAAUUUUGAUGAGAUUCUCCGUGUCAUAGACUCUCUGCAGUUGACGGCAACAAAGAAGGUGGCCACACCUGUAGACUGGCAGCCUGGACAAGAAGUCAUGGUCAUCCCUUCUCUGUCAGAUGAAGAGGCCAACAAACUUUUCCCAGCAGGUUUUACCCUCAAAGAGGUGCCUUCUGGGAAAAAA